AAAUUUUACUUAUCACUCAAGUUGAGAACUACUGAUAGAACAUAUGCUUUUGUAUUUUGCAUGAGGUACAUUUCAUAACAUUGGAGAAUGUAAAAUUGAAUUUAUGAACACAUUAAAAUUACCUAUUUUUGUGUUAAUUUGCUUUUCAAUUCUGCAUGUUUAAGGAAGAACACUCUAAAAAUGCCAAAAGGAAAAGUAAAGAAAUUCAUCGACAAGAAGAACUCAGUAACAUUUCAUUUAGUACAUCGUUCACAAAGAGAUCCAUUGAUUGCUGAUGAAACAGCACCUCAGCGCGUACUUGUACCCGCUGGAAAUCCACAAGCUCCCAAAUUAGAGAAAAAAAAUAUAGAUAAAUCUAAACGCAAAGAGGAGGAACAAAAAUAUGGCAUAUAUUUUGAUGAUGAUUAUGACUACUUGCAACAUCUUAAGGAUGUAAAUUCUUUAACAACUGAAUGGGAACGCAUAGAUUCUGCAAAUGCAUCAAAAACAAAUAAUGAAAAAGAUACUCCAAAAAUUAAUUUACCAUCUUCUGUUUUUGCUUCAAAUGUUGAAGAAAAGAUUGGGCUUCUUAACAAGGCAGCUCCUGUUUCUGGACUGCAAUUACAUUUGGACCCAGAUGUGGUCGCAGCAUUGGAUGAUGAUUUUGACUAUGAUGAUCCAGAGAAUGAACUAGAAGAUAAUUUUAUAGAGUUAGCUGAUAAUAGUGAUGAUGAAUCUGUAGAAAAUGAAGUAUAUGAUGAAGCAUCUGAUGUUUCAUCAGAGGGACAUAUGGAAUUAUCUGGUGAAGAACAAGAUGAAGUACAUAGUUUAAAUGGUCCUCAGUACACUUUCAACGAUGAAGAAACAAAAUCACGCUUUACAGAAUAUUCCAUGAGUAGUAGUGUUAUGAAAAGAAAUGAACAGUUGACUCUUCUUGAUGACAAAUUUGAGACAAUGUAUGCAACAUAUGAUGAAAAUGAAAUUGGUGCAUUAGAUUGUGAUGAAAUUGAAGGAUACAUAGCACCAGAUUCAGAUUUAGUCCUUCAGUGUGCAGCAGAAUUUGAAAAACAAAGCAAAGAUACUGAAAGUGUUGCAGAACUUAUGAAAGAUAGAUUAAAGAUCAUAGGGAAAGAAUAUUCUAGUUCUGAAGAUGAUAAUUUAGAUGAACUUGUUGUUGAUGCAAGACAGAAGGAUAAAUGGGAUUGUGAAAGUAUUGUUAGUACAUACAGCAAUAUUUAUAAUCAUCCGAAAUUAAUUUCUGAGCCUAAGCAUCUAGACAAGAUCAAAGUUAAUCCGAGAACCGGUAUUCCGAAAAAUAUUUUGGAUGGAUCUUCCGGAAAACUAACAUCUAAAAGUUUAGCUCAGUUUGAUCAACAAAAUGAAAAUAGUAAUCAAAGGGGGCCUCGAUCGAUCGCAGAAACAAUGAAAUCAACUUUAAGCACAUUAAGUAUAAGACCCAAAGGAGAAACCUCUGAAGAAAGAAAGGACAGGAAAAAUGCACUUAAGAAAUAUAGAAAAGAAAGGAGAGUAGAACGAAAAGCAAAUACCGAAGCAUUUAAGGAGGAAAAGAAACGCCAAGAAAAGAUUCUGUUAAACAAUAGACAAAAUGUACAAGGAAAUCGAAUACUUUAAUAUAUAAGUUACUUUAUACUUCUCUUUUGUACAUUAAAUA